AUGAAUCACUAUUCCCAGCAUCAUUCUAGCACCUUUGAGGACAAAAAUAGCCCCCACAUACUUCCUUUAUUGGAACUGGAAAACCACACAGAAAUUCCAGUAUUUGUGCUCUUGGGACUUUCUGAGAAGCCAGAGUUUCAAUCUGUACUGUUUGGGAUGUUCUUGUCUUUGUACCUGGUGAACGUCUUGGAGAACCUGUUCAUCAUCCUGGCCAUCAUCUCUGACUCCCACCUCCACACACCCAUGUACUUCUUCCUCUCCAACCUGUCCUUCUCUGACAUCUGUUUCACCUCCACCACAGUCCCAAAGAUGUUGCUGAUUAUUCAGACACAGAAUAAGGUCAUCACCUAUGCAGGCUGCAUCAUUCAUAUGUACUUUUUCACAGUUUUUGGACUUCUGGACAAUUUACUCCUGACUGUCAUGGCCUAUGACCGCUUUGUGGCCAUUUGUCACCCCCUGCACUAUCCUGUCCUAAUGAACACCAGGUUCUGUGUCCAGUUACUGCUGCUGACCUGGCUCCUCAGUGUGCUAGGAGCCCUUCCUGAGUGUCUGACUGCCCUGCGCCUUUCUUUCUGUGCUGUCGUGGAAAUCCCACACUAUUUCUGUGAACUCCCUGAGCUCCUCAAGCUCGCCUGCUCUGAUACCUUCAUCAACAGUAUUGUGUUGUACAUUGUGACAGGCGUCAUGGGAUUUUUUCCUCUUGCUGGGAUACUUUUCUCUUAUUCUCAAAUUGUAGUCUCCAUCCUGCGGAUCUCAACAAAAGAAGGGAAGUGCAAAGCAUUUUCCACCUGUGGUUCUCACCUCUCAGUUGUCUGCCUGUUCUAUGGAACAUGCCUGGGUGUGUAUCUCAGCUCCACAUGGACACAUGCCUCUUGGACAGGGGCAUCUGCCUCUGUCUUGUACACGGUGAUCACCCCCAUGCUGAACCCCUUCAUCUAUAGUCUGAGGAACAGAGAAAUGAAGAGGGCCUUGAAAACUUUUCUCUGUGGUCUGAUGUACUCAAAAUGA